AUCUUUCUUCUUUCAUUCAUUCGUACUUUAAAUUGGCUCCAACUUUUCUCUCUCUUCGCACCAAACUAGUAUAUCCUCCUUUGCAUCUCUCAUUCCCGACACUAGACAACGUUUCAAAUUCCCGACAUGGUAGAAUCGGAGGAGAGAGCCACGCUGACGUGGCACAAAAUCCCGGACCUCAAAUCCUCCCGCAACGACGUCGUUACUCCGCUCCGAGAUGGCGUCGCCGUUCUCCGCCUCGCACCCGGCAGUGGCACACGCUGUAAUUUCGCGAGCGUGUCAGUGGCAGAAAGGAAAUUCGACAGGGAAUUCUCGCCGACUGUGGCUCAGCUGCUGCAGCACCCGCUCGCGGUGGGGGCAUUGGUGCCUAGAGACGCCGCUCUGUUCCUCGCUGGCGCUCUCGCCGGCGCCGCCGCGAAAUCGGUCACCGCCCCGCUCGACCGCAUCAAGCUUCUCAUGCAGACUCACGGCGUGCGAGUUGGACAAGAAAGUGUCAAGAGAGCGAUUGGUUUCAUUGAGGCUAUGACUGUAAUAGGGAAGGAAGAAGGCAUUAGAGGUUAUUGGAAGGGCAAUCUCCCCCAGGUGAUUCGAGUUAUACCUUACAGUGCUGUCCAGCUUUUUGCUUAUGAAAUUUACAAGAAAAUAUUCAAGGGAAAGGAUGGUGAGCUCUCUGUGGUGGGAAGACUUGCAGCAGGUGCUUUUGCUGGCAUGACAUCAACUUUUAUCACUUACCCGUUAGAUGUCCUAAGAUUACGAUUAGCUGUUGAACCUGGUUAUCGAACAAUGUCAGAGGUUGCCUUGAGCAUGCUAAGAGAGGAAGGAUUUGCAUCUUUUUACUAUGGUCUUGGGCCUUCUCUCAUUGGAAUUGCUCCAUAUAUUGCAGUGAAUUUCUGUGUUUUUGAUUUAUUAAAGAAGUCAUUGCCAGAGAAAUAUCAGAGGAGAACUGAAACUUCUUUACUCACUGCUGUUAUUUCAUCAUCUCUUGCCACACUCACAUGCUAUCCUUUGGACACAGUGCGAAGACAAAUGCAAUUGAAGGGUACUCCUUAUAAGACUGUAUUAGAUGCCAUUUCAGGUAUUGUGGAAAGGGAUGGAGUUAUUGGCUUGUAUCGGGGAUUUGUGCCAAAUGCUUUGAAAAACCUACCAAAUAGCAGCAUCAGGCUUACUACAUAUGACAUUGUCAAACGCCUAAUUGCUGCCAGUGAGAAAGAAUUUCAAACAAUUACCGAGGAAAACCGCAACAAAAAGAAACCUCAAUAGUCAAUGGCAAUGAUUCAUAUUGUUGACCCAUUCUUUUCUCAGUUCACAUUCUCUGCUUGUUUUAUUAGUGUUUUUCUGCUAGGUUUUAAAAGUACACUAUUGAUAUAUUAAAAAGUUUUUAAUAUAUUUUAAAACAUUAAAAUAAGGGUACAUCAGUAUGUUUUAAAGGC